AUGACGGAGUACAAGGAACGGGUGAAGUGGUACGUGGCAAGGCUCUCGUUUCGUGACAAGGCGGUUGCUGGCGCGAGGCUGGCAUCGGCGGUGACAAGAGAAGCCUGGAAGGCGCUCAAGGAGGUGUCGGACGAAGGCCAGGAGCUGCUGGAGAAGAAUGGCGGCCACAAGACACUGCUACAGUUCCUCGACGAGACGCUCAUGGACGAACCCAUCCUGGAAGCGGCCAAGUAUCUCAAGGAGUACCUCUUCACGCUGCGGCGGAAGAACAACGAAGGGAGGAAGGCCUACGCCCAGCGGAGUCGGAUCGUCGCCGACAAGCUGGACCAAAGUUUCAGGAGAAUAGAGGUGAAGGACCCGAGCUGCGAGCUGAAGCUGCAGAAGCGGUCCAGACCCGAGGAGAAGCUGGAGUCCGUGAAAGAGAAGAACGGCAUCCAGGGCGACGACGAUGACGACGGGAAGAGCUGGAAGGACGAGAACUGGAGAGGAAGCUGGUGA